GCAUGGGAGGGGAAGUUUCACACACACAUAUUAGCCGGCUGAGAAAGUGAUUUCUUCUGUGUUGACACACGAUCAUUUUGGUAAAUACUCCAACUUGUGCGCAAACAUUUGGCAACUUUUUUUUUUCUUUGGAUAAUGUCUCUGUGGUGCUUUUUGGUGCUCGUGGGCGCGGCGGUCGUGAGCGCUCAGUUCCCCAGAGAGUGUGUGACACCCGCAGGGCUCAGGAGCGGCCAGUGCUGCCCGUCGCCCCCCGGACUCGCCGACGACCCGUGCGGCUCCAGCGCGGGCCGCGGGCAGUGCGUGGCCAUCGCGGUGGACGCGCGCCCGCACGGUCCCCAGUACCCGCACGACGGACGGGAUGAUCGGGAGCGAUGGCCCGUCCGCUUCUUCAACCGCACUUGUCAGUGUAAUGGAAACUUCAGCGGCUAUAACUGCGGCCGCUGCAGACACGGAUGGACGGGGGCCAACUGUGACCAAAGAGUUUCUGUUGUGAGGAGAAACGUGAUGCAGCUCAGCGCGGACCAGAAGCGUGCGUUCGUGAACGCGCUGGACCAGGCCAAGCGCACGGUGCACCCGGACCUGGUGAUCGCCACGCGGCGCUACCCGGAGAUCUUCGGGCCCGACGGGAACACCAUGCAGUUCGACAACGUCACCAUCUACAACUACUUCGUGUGGUCUCACUACUACUCGGUCAGCAAAACGUUCCUGGGUCCGGGUCAGGCCAGUUUUGGGGGAGUGGACUUCUCGCACGAGGGUCCAGGAUUUGUCACGUGGCACAGGUACCACCUGUUGCAGCUGGAGCGAGACAUGCAGGACAUGCUGCAGGACCCCUCCUUCGCCCUGCCCUACUGGAACUUCGCCAUCGGUGGAAGCACAUGUGACAUCUGCACAGAUGACCUGAUGGGAGCCAGGAGCAGCUUUGACAUGAAUUCCCUGAGCGCCAACUCCAUCUUCUCCCAGUGGAGGGUUGUCUGCGAGAGCGUGGAGGACUAUGACACGCUGGGGACCAUCUGUAACAGCACUGAGACGUCUCCCAUCAGAAGGAACCCAGCGGGAAACGUCAACAGGCCGAUGGUCCAGCGUCUCCCAGAGCCCCAGGAUGUGGCGGACUGUCUGCAGGUUAACGCUUUUGACACGCCGCCCUACUACUCCACCUCCUCCGAAAGCUUCAGGAACACAAUUGAAGGCUACAGCGCCCCCCAGGGGAACUACGACCCCGUGGUGAGGAGCCUGCACAACCUGGCCCAUCUGUUCCUGAAUGGCACAGGAGGACAGACUCACCUCUCACCCAAUGACCCCAUCUUCGUCCUGCUCCACACGUACACCGACGCAAUAUUUGAUGAAUGGUUGAGGAGACACAGUCCAGAUUCGGCUGUGUAUCCCGAUGAAAACGCCCCCAUUGGUCACAACAGGGGCUACAACAUGGUGCCUUUCUGGCCCCCAGUGACCAACGCUGAGAUGUUUGUUGCUGCCCCUGAAAAUCUCGGUUACUCUUACGAAGCCGAAUGGCCAGGUCAACCUUUCACCCUGACGGAAAUCAUCACCAUGGCAAUAGUCGCCGCGCUGGUGGUGGUCGCCGCCAUUUUCGCCGCCACCACCUGUGCCGUGCGUGCCAGGUCUUACAAGAUGGAGGGCCACCAGCCUCUGCUCGGGGAUCAGUACCAGCGCUACGACGAUGACAAAAGCCAGUCUGUGGUCUGAGAUCGCUGCUUGACCAUGAGCCACAGCUGCGUGCCUCUCCACUUCCCUUUAACACUGAUACGCAGUUUGUUCAAGCCUGAGUCUCUUCUCACUGGAGAGCAGCUGUAGGUUCUUGAAUGCUACAACAUGAUAGGAAAUAAUCUUUUUGCUGCAUUCGUGUCCCUUUAUCAACCUGUGUAAUUCAUUUGUCUUUACAAAUAGUGCAGAUGUGAACAAUUACAUUCUCCAAAAGACCAGCAAGUACUCAAUGAAGAUUUAUUUUUGUAAUGGAAAGGUGAAGGUAUGUGAAAUCGUUUUUAAGAGUGUGCUUUUGCAAAGAUCCAAUAUGAAAAUGGAAAAUAAGUUCAAAUAAAGUGGACAUGAACAACUGAAGUGAUGGUGUGAUGGCGGCGCCACCAGGUGGUGCUCAUUCUUGCCAGGCUUUUAAAAGGGCAUGUCAGUGUCAGGUAGGACGCCUUCUGUAGUUUAGCGUUUGAUGUUUGACCUAUGAGGCGAUCAGCUGUAAAGAAUGACAAUUCUGAUAAGAUUUUCAGAAUGCUUAACUUUUUGAACACAUUUAAAGUGAGAGUAAUAGAGUAGUACAGAAGUAAUACAGGCAAAAUAGUUAGCAUAAUAUACACUUACAGAUCUCUAGCUUCUAACAUGUUUAUAGGCUAUAACACCCUUUGUGUCUGUCUGACUUUGCUGUAGUUUAGUUGCACAGUGGCAUCGCAGAAGUGAGGCGUUUGUAAUUGUUAGAAAAUGCACUGCUCAUGUAAGAGCCAUAGUGCCCACAAGGGGGUGCAAUUACUCAAUUUGUGAAACGACGUGUACUUAUCAAGAGAGAUGUGCUUUGAGGUUUUAUUGUUUUCUUUCUUUCUUUUUAACAGUGUUUCGAGAUAAAUUCAUCCAAAUGACCUGAAAUGUUGUUAAUAAUGGAGAGAUUUAAAAAAAAAAACGGGCGUUGAUUGAAUGUAGCGAAAUGCAGAGAGUCAACAGGUGGUCGUCCUGAGACCCCACUGACUGUGCUCUCAAGAUACGCAGCUUUUUCUGUCUUUUUUUUUAACUAAAAUUAUGUGAAAUAGUCAUGAAUGCUUUUCUGUUUUUACAUUUAUACUUUUGCCACAACACUGUUGGAUCUGGGU